AUGAUUCAGACGUUUGCUAAAGAGUACAAGGAGUCAAUAACCCUGGCCUACUAUUGUGGUAAUCUUCUUCUUACAAUCGUCGUCUUUGUAUUUGGAACCAUUUACUUGUGGCACAAAGAUCGAAGGGAUCAGCAGAGGCGGGAAUGGCGCCAGUUCGCGGAAAGAAUUUACACAGAUUACAGCAGUCUGAGAAGAAACCAGAUCCUAGAGAACAUGUUAAAGGUAAAGAAAACUUUCGAAAAAUUUCCAAUUCAUUCUGAAGUAACUGGCCUUGAUGUUUUGAGAUACUGGCUCGCUGAUGAUCGCCACCGAAAUGUGUCGAGUGAAUCUCCCCAGCUGAGGGCCCUUCGUGAAGACCUCUACAUGAUCUUCUUGCAGCUAAAUUCCUGCCAUUCGUUGAUCCAUUUAGGAGAAGUGCCCAAAAAUAUAACGGAAGAAUUACGAUAUGUAGUGGAGGAAUUGGGGAAUGUAGCAAAGCCUUUCUUAACAGGUGAAAAACUAAAGGUCGCUUCGACAUGCCUCAAACAUUUUGGCAUGCCGGUCAAGAAAGAAGAAGAAGAAGAAGGAGGAGGAGGAGUAGGAGGAGAAGAAGAAGAAGAAAAAAAGCUUCAUGAGUUGGUUGAAGGAAACAUUCCGUAUUUAGAUAGCCUGAAGUUUGGUGAUAAUGAUCAUAGGGCUAGUUCAACAUCAUCACCACCCCCUCCUGUAUAUUAUAGCCAGUCCAAAUUUUGUUUAAUGUGAGCAUGCCAAACAACGAACAUAAUUUCCUCCAGAAGCUCCAUGAUAAUCUAGAAAAGGGAGAAGGU